AACGUUCCGAUCUGUACCGGGAAACAUCAGACAGAUACACUGAGAAGGAAAUGCCAAGAUGGGAAAGAUUACUUCUUAGUUUCAGUUUGUUUGGAAUAUAUAUUACGCUUAUUACACUGGAAAAGAUUAUGUUUUCUGGCUAGUCUUUUCUGUCCUCGUAGGCAAAUGGAAUUUUCAAUCCGGCACACCUGGGACAGCGACCCUGUGAACCAUGACCCCAUCAGGAUCAUCUUCUCUCCCGGGGAAGGAGGGCUGAAGAUGGAGGUGUUUGGUCCAUUCUUCAAUGACCCAGCAUCUCCUUCAGGGCCGUCCGGUCACGCCUUCCCUGGACUCUGGGAUUAUGAAGUCGUGGAGUCUUUCUUCCUUGAUAGUACUACAAAAAAUUACCUGGAAGUGGAGCUUUGUCCACAUGGACAACACCUGAUACUAUUACUGUCAGGAGUCGGCCAAGCAUUUGUGCAACAACUGCCCAUCGUGUUUAAUGCCACAAUCACAGGGGACAGGUGGAUGGGCGAGGCCCUCCUUCCAUGGUCAUACUUUCCUCCCAAUGUCAACAAGAUGAACUCGUACGCCAUCCAUGGCUCAGGAGAGAAGCGCACAUAUGAGGCUCUCUACUCCAUCCCCAAGGAAGAGAUAGUAGAAGGCCAAAAGCCCAAUUUCCACCGCCUGGAGUAUUUCCAAGAUUUCCGCCUGCAGAGCAUCAUGGGAGAGGGUUGGGUCCAGCCAGAAUCUGCUCUGUGGAUGGGAAAGCCUUGAGGUUUUCAGAAGGACUCCUUCUCUCUCUCUCUCUCUCUCUCUCUCUCUCUCUCUGUCCCUCUUUCUCUCCCUCUUUAUUUCUGUCUUGCACACAGACACACAAACUCACCAGAGCGGCAGCAGGGCAAUAGUACAAACAGUCUUUGACAGGGAACAAAGGGCAAUCAAUCUUUAUUAGUUAAUGAUGUCAAACCGUAUGACAAGAAAUAUGUUAUCAGCUUGUCAGAGCGUAUUAGCCUUCACACACAUUUGUGCGUGCGUGCAGACACACACAUCACAAGAUAUUGGACGUCACCUUAGAUUGUCUGAGCAGAGUGUGACCUACAGCGCUUAUACUGUGCUUGGUGGCAAGGAAUGCUCAUUUUGACGUUCAGCUCCUGUGUAGCCUGAAUGUUUCACUUCGCUGAGAUAACCCCCAGCAAGUCCUUGUGGUUGUUUGCCCUGACUGUUAGGACGCACACAUGCACACACGCACACACACACACACACACACACACACACACACACUUGAUGUGAAAAAUCAUUUUUCAGGAAAAGCAUGUCGGAGCUUUUAGAUUAGUGCUUAUUAUAAGUAGAUCAAUUCACUAAUUCUAUUGAAUUCCUUUUACAAUGAAGUAUGUUUACAUAUUAAUUAAACCAGACUGUUUUUUCUAUGCAAUUGUUUGACAGAUGUCAUUUUAAAUGUACCUGUAAUGUGUGAUCAUGUGUGAGCUCGAUGUCUAUCCAUUAAAAUAAUAGUCAGAUGGGAAAUUUUUCACUUUGUGGCAGCAAAUUAGUUGAGCAAAUUGAUGUAACUCUCAUUUUGUCCUCUGUUGAGAAGCCAUCAGCUAGUCAGCUUCGCUCAGCUUCUGGGUCUACUUACAGAAGAAGAAAAAUUAUUUCCUGAAAUGUCGAACCACAUACUUCAACUUGACUGGUAUAGAAUAAUAAGUAUGUCCUCUCAUUGUGUCCUAUGAUUGCAUGAUACAGAUCUUCAUUGAUGGUUGACAUAAAGUCAGUUAAAAACCGA